AUGUCGGAUUUGGACUCCAUAAUUAUGGCGGAAGAAAAUAUCGGUUUCUUGUUAUGGACAGAUUUGGAGAUGAUCUUCAAUCAAAGAUCAUGUCCUGCAAGAAUUAUAAACUCGCUAUCAAUGAGACAUUUAAAAAACCCAAAAAAGUUUAUAAAAACGUGUUUUUCUACUUCUAAACCACCACCUGGACUUUUGGGAUUUGUUGAGCAGGUUGCUGCUCUUGAAUAUGACGAAAAACCAAAUUAUGAGGCAUUGAGGGGUUUAUUGGCCUCAAAUGUAAAGAUUGGCAAAAAGCAGAAAGUGGAGCCGUUAUAUUCAACUUCGAAGCGAAUUCGAAUUGAUAGUGACAGUGGGACGGAUAAAAAAGCAGACAGCCAAUCUAUGACGACUGCAGAGUAUUUUGAUCUCCAUCCGUCUGCGGAUAUUCAAAGAGGCACUAAAAUUGUUUAUCCUACGGGUAAUAGAACUAGUGUCCAAAUUCAAGUUAAUAUGGACUCAAUUAAAUAAUUUUUUGAUUUUAUUAUUUUUUUGAUUUUUAAUUCUAC